GUCAUAAUGUAUUUCAAUACGACAACCAAUAAUUGGGUUAAACCCGAAACACACGGCCUCCGACCCAACGGACGGCGGAGUCACUCAUCGUUUGUCUAUAACGACAACAUCUAUGUGUUCGGCGGUUAUAAUGGCGUCGAACGCAUUCAUUACAACGAUCUCUACAAAUACGACCCAAAGACACUUCUCUGGUCACUCGUGGAAGUGCACGGCCGACGGCGACCGUGCGCUCGGCGGCGACAGUGUUGUUGUGUUGUCGGCGAUAAACUCUAUUUGUUUGGCGGCACGAGUCCGUUUAUUCUUCAGCACCACUCCAUUGAAAGUUUAUCUCCGGCUGCACUCGAAUACUAUUCACAAAUAGAUUUGGGACUUCGGGAUCACUCGGACCUCUAUAUCCUAGACUUCAAGCCCUCAUUGAAAACGCUGAGCAUUUUGGUGGCCAUCGAGAAAGACCUGAAUAAGACGGUUCUGCCUAAGAAUAUACAGAUGGAGAUUGAUUUGAUGACACGCGACAACUCCAUCACCAGAAUCGCACCCAACGUGGGCUGAGUUUCACUUCCCAGUGACAGCACCGGCCGCUCAGUUACCGCAAACUCCCGGCGCUUAUAUACUGUAUAUGUUUUGCAAAAAGUGUAUUUUUCUCGACUCCAUUAAUUGACUUAUGAA